AUGGGCCUUACCCGUUUUCUUUUUCCUUAAUAUGGCAGAUACUGUGUUUGGAAUCUGACGUAGCGGUAUUGCUUUGAAAGUCGACAGAAUGGUCACCAGCUCACUUCAAUAAAAGGAUGAAACUAUGGGAGGCAAGAGCAAAGGGAAGGGCAAGGGGAAGGGCAAAGGCAAGAGUGGGAAGAAAUCAAAGAAGGCCGCAGUGGAGGUGGAUAUUCUGAGCCCGACGGCUAUGCUCAACCUCUACUACAUCGCCCACAACGCUGCUGCCUGCCUGGAGUUCCGUGGUUUCCCGUGGCCUGGCUCUCUGAAAAAGAAAGGGAAGAAAAAGUAGGGAGCUGGCAAGAUGGAAGGCCCCUGUCGGGGGGCAUUAAAUGAAUCAUCUCGGGUUUCUCCUCUCGCGAUAAGGACGCUUUCGGUUCUGAUGAAGUAAACGUUGCUUUGAGCUA